AUGGCUUCGCGGUUCAUGCCCUCGCGCCGCACGGGCUUUGCGCUUGUUGCUGGGUGUCUUCUGUUCUCAGCGCUGGCUGCUGCCACUGCUCAUCCAGGUGACUUGUCUGUUGGUGAGAUUGAGGAGCAAUUGCAGAAUUGUCCUUUGGUUGAAGCUCUCAAUGAGCACAAGAGAGCUUCUGCGCCGGAGGCUGCGAGUCUGACUUCGAAGAUCUUCGCCGUGCUGUUCCCUGGAAGCCCAGCUGUGAACUCUCUCCUGGCCACGUUGUAUAUCUCCGGACCCCCUAAUUUCCUCCUGGCAUUAUGCCCUCCCAACAUUGACCCCGCCUCGCUGUCAAUCAUGGUCGCCUUUGCCGUCGGAGGUCUGCUUGGUGACACCCUGUUCCACCUGCUGCCAGAGAUCUUCCUUGGAGAAGACUCCCCGGACCAUGUGAGCUUUAUCAUGGUUGAACCGAACAAGAACCUCCUCCUUGGUCUGGGCAUCAUGGUUGGCUUCUUCACGUUUGUCGCAAUGGACAAGGCUCUCCGCAUCGCCACGGGCGGCGAGGGCGGCCACGACCACUCCCACGGCCAUUCUCAUGCAGACACGACAGUCGCAAGCACAACUAGCUCUGAAUCUAAUGGCAAGACCAGCGGCGAGCUGAAGCAGCGCAAAUCUAACAAGUCUGGACAGGAGGUCUCAGAAGCCUCAGCGCCAGAGAAGGAGAUCAAUCCUAGCGUCAAGCUGGGCGGAUAUCUCAACCUCAUUGCAGACUUCACCCACAACAUCACCGACGGUCUCGCCCUGUCAUCAUCCUUCUAUGCCUCACCCACCAUCGGCGCAACUACCACUGUCGCCGUGUUCUUCCACGAAAUCCCCCACGAAGUCGGCGACUUUGCCCUCCUCAUUCAGUCUGGUUUCUCCAAGCGCAAGGCGAUGGGUGCGCAGUUCGUCACGGCCGUGGGUGCAUUCUUGGGAACCUUCAUUGGUAUCGCUGUUCAGGAGUUUGGCGGUAACAGCGCCGGCUCGGAGGCUGGCCCUAGCGCUGGACUGUGGGGUACCAGCCUUCAAUGGGGUGAUAUGUUGCUUCCCUUCACUGCGGGAACAUUCUUGUAUGUUGGUACUGUUGCUGUUAUCCCCGAGCUGUUGGAGACUGGUAAAGAUAAGGGUGCCGAAAUUCGGAAGACUAUUGUCCAGUUCUUGGCUGUUGCUGUUGGUGCGGGCAUUAUGCUUUUGAUCUCUUGGGAUUGA